AUGACACGAAUGAGGAGGAGCUCCUUGGACACAUACCACCUGAAGAGAUGUUGUAAAUUACAAUGGAAGGACGAGCUACUGGAUACUCCGUUCUUCAAAGCCCUAUCUACCCACAAUUGCGAAGAGAGGAUCGAAACUGCGACCGCAUUGAACAGGAGACAUCGGGCCUGGGGCCUUUGUACCGAUUAUCCCAAACCACUUACUACCCAUGACCUCAGAGCUGAAGGCCUGCACUGGAUUGACAAAUUCUAUUCUGAGUCGACGCGAAUGAUCCAUGCUGGCCACACAGAUUCGAAUACUCUCCGUCGGCACUUCGUGCCCACCAAUGGCGCGGAUGGAGAGACAGGGAGGCCGGAGCGAAAUAGAGGCGAAAGCGAAGAUGGAACACCUGCACAGAGGAAGAGCAGUCUGAGCUCUGUCCUCAAAACCGAGGCUGACGCGGACGAUGAGAUGGUCAAGUGGGAAUAUGCCUUUAUCAACAACACGGUGGAAAAGAUGCACGCUCGCCGACACAGCGGUGCCAAGUCAUCUUCUGGCGGCUGCACUCAACUUCACACUCUACAGCACCUCGACAGUGAAGGAUUGAUCGAUCCCGCGAUCCUCCCCCAGGUAACAGAACCAGAUUUGGAUGUUGUCGAGGUUGUGGACCUUAUCAGCAUUGACGAUGCGUUCUCACCGAGAUUUCCCGCCAUCGGAGCGACUACCAGUGAUCCAAAAAGUCCACAUUACACCAAUGGAGGCACAGCUCCCGAAGCUAUCCUCGAUCUGAUGGAUACAAAUGUGCAACACACUGUCCAAGAAGCCAUGUGCGAAGCAGCCGGAAAGAGCACCUGUCUGUCGCUGUUGAAGAAUCAAAUUACGAUCGCCCUCUUCCUCUCCUCUCCUCUCCUCACCCCCACCCCCACCACCCCGGGUCUGAAUCCCGACGACGACUAG